AUGGGUUUCGAAUCGGAUAAGCAGGGAAUGGAAUUUGCAGCUAGUUCUAAACCCCUUAAACCCUCUUCAAACGUUUCGGAUAUCGUCUCGAAGUUCGCCAAGGCCUGUAAGUUUAGGUCCAUUGGUGUCUUUAAUGCAUCUGAAAACCAAGACCAAGGUCACAUCUACAAGGUCGUUUCCCGGGACAAUGCGACUCUAUUAGAUGAAGAAAGCAGCCAUGCUAUGGAGGAUGCUGCGUUUGACACCAUGAAGGUGCAUCUGCAGCCCAUUGAGGUACAAAAGAACGGGAAUAUAUGUGGUCAUGUGGAGAUCUUAAAAUUGUUUGACACGCUUUUGGCUUUGAAAUUAGCUUAUGUUAAGCUCCAAGAAGCUCAUCUUCCGUAUGAUCCUGAGAAAAUUAAAGCUGCUGAUGAAGAAGUGGUAUCUCUGCUUGAUUCUCUCUGCAAGAUUAAGAAGGCUUAUAAAGAGAAGCUAUUGAAGGAAGCUAAAUCUGCUUCUGCAUGUUCAGCUCUUUUGCUUGCUGAAAUUCAGGUUAAAGAGAAGGCUCUAGAGAAGUUGAAGUUGCAAGCCAAGAGUAAGGACAAGGAGGUGGGUAAUUUGCAGCGACAUCUUCAGGAGCUGGAAAUGAUGAAUAAAAAGUUAGCAGAAGAGAUUAGGGAGAGAGAGAGAGAAAGUUUUAAGGGUUUAAAUCACUGUUCCUUUGAGAAUGUUGUGAAGGUAGUUGGAAAAGCUAUUCAUGAUUUUGCAAAGCCGUUGAUUGCCUUAAUGAAACUUUCAGAUUGGGAUCUAGAUCAGGCUGCUAAUGCAAUUCAAGCAUCUGUUUUAUAUGCAAAGAGGUCGCACAAAAAAUAUGCGUUUGAAGCUUAUGUUGCCAGAAGGAUGUUUUAUGGGUUUUCACCACAACCUUGUUUUUUGGAGAACAUAAUGAAACUGGACGACCCUAUUGUUGCUUUGAUGGAAGACCCAAAAUCUAGUUUUGCCAAGUUUUGCAGAACGAAAUAUCUGUUAGUAAUUCAUCCCAAGAUGGAAGAGUCGUUUUUUGGGAACUUGGACCACAGGAAUCUUGUGGCUAAUGGGGUUCACCCACAUACCCCUUUCUACCGUGCCUUUGUCAGAAUGGCAAGAUGUGUUUGGUUUUUGCAGGGAUUUACUGCUUUUAUUGAGCCUAAAGCUGAAAUGUAUGGUGUUAAGCAAGGAAGUGAGUUCUCAGAGGUAUAUAUGGAGGUUCUAGAGGAGCUCAAGGAACACAAGGCUUCGUUUGAUAGGGGCCAAGAAAGAUACAAAGUUGAGUUCAUGGUCAUGCCUGGUUUUAAGCUAGGGGAGACUUUAAUCAGGUCUCAAGUAUAUGUGUCUAGCGGGCCUACUUCCACAAAAGGUUAUAGGGUUCUUAUCUUUGAAGUCUUUUCAGCUGUGACUGCUUUCUGGUUUACAUUUCACCUCCCAGGAAUACCAUCACUGGUUUCCCUUCUACGGUAA